AUGGUCGCUUCCAUCACAUUUCGACUCAAAUCGAGCAAUCAUGUUGGCACUAUCGACAUGGAGGGCAGUGUCAUGUCUUGUCGCGAUGCGCAGCAGGCGAUUGCGGCGAAGCUGCGCGCUCCACCGGAAGAGAUAAAUGUCUUCCUCGCAGGUAGCACGGCACUGCUGCACCCGGAGGAGGAUCUGCCAGCGUACGCGGUCGUGGAUGUAGUACGACAGACGCACAGCGGCAAGCCGCUCUUCUUCACACGUCCCAAGUUCGCGCCGCCGCUGUCCUCGUUGGACAGCAUUCCUAACUCCUCUGGAUUUGGUAGCUCAGUCGCUUUCGGUGACGGGCACACCUUGACAGAAGAAGAGCGACUCGCGCAGCUGCAAGCGGAGGCCGCUCUUGACACAGGCAUUGACGAGGUGAGUAGUCGCUUUCGCCGAGGUGGUCGCGGUGGGUACAGGGGCAUGGGCGGUGGUCGUGGUGGUAUGGGUGGAGGUGAUGCGAGCGAGCUCUACUUCGGCGGUGGUCGAGGCCGCGGUGACGCGAUGCGCAUCAGCAUGGAGGAAAGCUUCCGACCUCCGCCAAAGGGGUACAUCUGCCACAACUGCGGCAAGGGCGGCCACCUGAUCCAGCACUGCCCGUCGGCCAAAGGCGGCAAGGUAAUGAAGGUGCUUUCGUUUCCGGUGGGAAUCCCGGAGAGCAUGCUGGUUGAGUGCACCAUGGACGACCCAGCGCCGAAGUUCAUUACGCGCGAUCACCGUCUUGUGAAGCGUCGCGUAGACCCGUCCGUGUUCGCUGCAAUUUCUAUCGCCGGUAUCGGCACUGACGUGUCCAGUGAGAAUGGACAGGACGACGGUCUGUGCAAGACGGCACUAGGCCCAGGGAAUGAUACCGAGCGUGCAGAGGUAAACGAUACCUCGACCUCCACUGCCGAGGCAUCGCCGGCACCGACAUCAUCAACCACGAAGCCCACCAGCGAUGUGGCCUUUAGCUGCGCCGUGCACAACGGCCUAGCCCGAGAGGCGAUGAAGUUGCCGUGCUGUGGCCGGCUCAUCUGCCACAGCUGCUUUACCAAGAUGGCUGAGGAGGCAUUGGACGAGACGCGGAGCCUGGACGACGAGGAUGACGGCGGCGCGGUCUGUCCUGGCUGCAAGGAGCCACUCAUCAUGGACGAAGUUGUGCCGGCGACGCAGGAACAAGAGAGAAUUAAGCAGCUUCUUCUCGGGCGCAAGCGUGAGCGUGGGGCGUAG